GUAGGGAGCGUGGGAGAUCGUUGGCGCGAAUUCUAUCGCGGUAUACAGAUGGCUUCGAUGGGCGACAAGCAGCGAGGGGCCACCGACUGGCUCAUAUUCAUUCAAGGAGCUCGUUCUCGUUUACAGGAGAUAGUGGAGGCACUUCGAUCACAACUGAGAGUUAGACCUGAGGCUGUUGGGGGGGCAGCUUCAUCGGGUCCGCCGUAUCGGGUAGUGAUGUCGAACAUGUUGCAGAUUGUCUGGGAGCUGCAGCAUCUGCAAAUGGAGGGACUCAUGGAUGGUCAACUGCAGGCUAUAAAGCGGUGUUGCGACGGCAUCUUCGCGGAGGGGCAAGAUGUGUACGCGGCGCUGGAGGAGGAGUUCUACUUGCACUUGUUCGAGACGGAAGAUGAGGAUCACACCGACGCGUGCACCACUAGUAGUGACGAGCUGGAGGAGGGUCGAAAUGGUGUUGAUAUCGCCCUCGCUACUGAUAAAAAUGCAAUUGACAACAACAUGUUCGUGCAGUCUGCGCGGACCCCUACUCUCUCCUACCGUAUUAAGGAGAACAGUGCGCCGCUAUUGAGCGAAGAGAAGUGGGACGCGUGGUGGGAGGACUACAUCGAGCUCGCUUUCUGUCUAUUGGAGAUAGAGUUUCGCUGGUCAGGAGGGGCCCCGUUCGGAGAAGGACCAGAGCACCUAGAGGACAGCGUGGAGCUUCUGAUCAUCCAAGCCUGGAGAACUGUGAAGCAGGGCGAUCUGCUGGGACUCGUAUUCAAGAAGGUGGAGGAAGGCAAUCUCACAUUGAUCACGGAUGAGUUGCUGGUGUUUCUGGCUCAGCUGGUGGAUGAUCUGCCCCUAGACAUCUUAUCACGCAGUGACGAGCAGCCUGGCACCCACGUGUUGUCCCGAACGCUCGAGCCGCACCUUGUGUGGUCCACGUGUACGGAGAUUGACGAGGACAACUGUCUCUAUCCCUCCCAGGAGCUUUACUUGGAGAUCGACGUUCCCGAUCUCACGUUUUGGGACCCGAUCGUGAGGAGAAACACGGCGCAGGACGAGGAGAUAAGGGCAGCAGAGGAAGAGGAGGAAGAAGAGGAGCCAUCGAGUGAAGAACGGGACGAUCCAGACUACGACCCGGAAAGAGAAACGGUGAUAGCUAGCGGAUGGAGCCGGCCGCGUAACAAGAACGAAGAGGAGGAAGAGCAGAGGAAGCGGAAGCGCCAGGAGACCGCGGAGGGAAAGCGGCCCUCGACAAACGUCUCUCCUAUCGAUCCAUCGAUCGGGGAUCCGUGGCGUGAUCCGGAGCCGCCUGAAGAAGAAGACGAUGGAACCGCAGCAGAGGGAUCGCGGAGCAGAAGAAGAAGAAGGGAAUCGCCAGCUUCCUCCGGCUCCCCGUCCCGGUCCUCCAUUCGUCUACAUCAAGAUCUCGGCGUUCGGGCUUUGUCCCCGGUCGUUCUCUCUCUGACCCCGUGACUACCUCACGCUUACCCGUCUU